AUGAUGCGACCCCCCGUCUUUCCGCGUUCCAGUGUUCUCGUUCUCGGUCCCAAUUCCAUUCAGUCACUGGUACCAUCCACUAUAAUAUCUCAAUUGGAAUCGCUAUUGGAAAGUCAUAGGCUCGAUGAUUCGUAUGCACUGGCAGACCAGAGAAGGAAGAAACUGGAGGAAAGUCUCGAACCUGAUGAAGAUGAAGCAGAAGAACUCCGAUACGUGUACCAGAGGAUAGGUUUCCAAUGUUUUACAGAAACUCUGUUUGAAGAUGCAGGGAAACACUUGUUCAACGGGGAAAUAGAUCCACGAUUGCUCAUCAGCUAUUAUCCCGACCUUAGGGGCUCUUUAUUCUCAGAAGACGACGCAAUGGAUGUUUUUGCAGGUGUAGCAGAGCAUAUGCCCAUGGAAGGGUCGGUCGACCAGAUCAUUGUGUCGAACCUAGUCAGGAAUUAUUCCCCUCAUCUAGCACCCGAUACCCUAUCUGCACCUCCAACUGCAGAACUUAGGAAGAUACUCGGCAUGGCGGCAAGGGAUAUGUUACUCGUCUUCCUGAAGAAAAACCGCACAAGACGCAGUUUGUUGAAGGAAAAUGGGGUUGGGAGCACAGGAGACCCAAUCGAUAUUGCAAUCGACACUGUUCUUGUCAAGCUCUACGCAGAGUUUGAAAAAACUCAAGAGUUAUAUGCUCUUUUGGAAGCACCUAAUGAUGUCGCGCUGACUGAAGUCGAACCGGCAUUACAAAGCAAGGGGCAGUACAACGCCUUAUGCAUCCUUUACAAGCAGCGUGGGGAUGAUCUGAAGGUCAUUGAAGUUCUUUCGAAGCUUGUCGAUGGAGAAUGGUCAGACGAUGAUAUCAAAGAUCCCUUAGGGCAAAUGGUCAAUCUGCUGACAGAAAAGCGUGAUAGAGCAUUAACACAGCAAUGGGGCCUAUGGAUAACCAAGCGCAACCCUGAUAUGGGAUUAAAGCUUCUGAUGCCACGAGACAUUGGGAAGAGGCGUGAAAAACCAGAAGAAGAUAUUGCAUUGCUGGAAGAGAUCCAAAAAGCCGAUCCAGCGGCUGGUGUUCAGUAUCUAGAAUAUCUUGUGUUGCAGCGGUGGAGCACGUCCCGAGAACUUCAUCUGAAACUAGCAUUGGCAUGCGUGGAUCAAGUACUUUCUUUCCUAAAAGACGAUACAGUGGCAAAACUCUGGAGAGCCAAAGCGGCUUCUUAUUCGUCAUCACAUAAUCAAUCUUCUUUCCUCUCUUACUUUGCAUCAACAACACCAGAAUCUGGACAUAAACGAGCAAGGCUAAAAAAUCUUCUUUUUCUGGCGGGAUCUUCUCUAUAUGACCCCGAGUUAGUACGUCAACGCCUGACAGAACAGGAGAAAAUUCUGAAAUUUGAGUUGGCUAUCAUCGACGGGAAGCUUGGUCGACAUCGAUCAGCGCUCCAGAUUCUUGUUCACGGACUCAAUGAUUCAACCUCUGCUGAAACAUAUUGCACGCUGGGUGGCGACAUUGUUCCACCCAAGGUUGCCCAAUCGAUAGCGGAUGAUAACAAUUUGCAAGACUGGACUGCGGUCCUGUUUGGUUCACCGUCAACGAAAGCAGUUAACGGAAGAGGUGUGGGGGCAGUACCAUUAACUCGUCUCAAAACUGUGAAUGAAGACUUGAAGAAAGAGUUGCUUAAAAUUCUUCUGGAGGUUUACAUGGAUGUUGGACAAUCGGAUCUUGCAGCACAGUUGCUUAAUGCACAGGCGAUGAAUCUUGAUGUCCUGGAUGUUAUUUCAAUGGUGCCUCCAAAAUGGCCAGUCAAUAUGAUGAAUUCCUUCUUGUCUCGUUCUUUUCGGCGGACGUUGCACGUCCAACAAGAGGGCAAGAUCAUCAAAAAUAUCAGCGCUGGUCAGAACCUCGAGGUGAAAGAUCGUACCUGGGAUAUACUCCGAGAAGAAGGGGCAGUGAUAGAAGAGGAAGCAGAGGACGAAGAGGGGAGUGAUGAAGAUGACGGACCCCAAUCAUUUGACGAGAAGAAAAUGCUGGCAGAACAAGUUGCGAUGCGCCUUGUUCCUGGCCUUGAUCCUAAUGUGGUCAAGAGUGCGGUCCAGAAAUCCACAAGUCCAAAAAUGGGCGUCGAUGAUCUCAGAUAA